AUGUCGUGGAAACGCUCGGAGAAGCUGAUGGACACCAUCAAGCAUUACAGCAACUUUCCAGCUACCGGUGUCUCCCUCCGCCAGAUGGUGCAGUUUGGCGAGAAGCCGUCGACCGGAACCCUCUUCCGCGCGUCACAGUUCCUCUCCGAAGAGCUGCCCAUCCGGCUGGCACACCGCGUGCAGGAGCUCAGCGACCUCCCCGAUGGGCUCAAUGAGAUGCCCUCGAUCUGUAGAGUGCGCGACUGGUAUGCGCAGUCGUUUGAGGAGCUCGUCCAGCUGCCCCGACCGAACCUGCCCAGCGACGUCAAAGACAGACUCCUGAAGCCUGCCAAGCGCACAUCGCCGCUGAUUAAGGCGACGCAGAACCCCAGCAUACAAAAGGGCCAGUACCGCUCGGCGCCCGAGAAUGGCAACGCCGUCGCCAACGCCAGGGAGCACAAGGGCGCGACCUCGAGCCGGAGAUACUUUGCGGCAGCCGACGACGGCAUGGACUGGCCGCCCGAGCUGAGCGCAUACAACACCAAGUUCGCCGACACCCUGGAGAAGAUCAAGAGGCGGCACGACAGCGUUGUCACAACCGUCGCGCAGGGCAUCCUGGAGUGGAAGCGCAAGCGCCAGAGGAUGCAGAUCGACCACAACAUCCAGGCCUUCCUCGACCGCUUCUACAUGUCCCGCAUCGGCAUCCGCAUGCUCAUCGGCCAGCACAUCGCUCUCACUGACCAGCGCUCGCGCUCUGACCCCAACUACGUCGGCAUCAUCUGCACCAAGACCAACGUGCGCGAACUUGCUCAGGAAGCCAUCGAGAACGCGCGCUUUGUGUGCGAAGACCACUACGGCUUGUUCGACGCACCUAAGGUCCAGCUUGUCUGCAACAACGACAUCAGCUUCAUGUACGUGCCCGGCCACCUGUCGCACAUGCUGUUCGAGACCCUGAAGAACUCGCUGCGCGCCGUCGUAGAGCGCCAUGGCCAGGACAAAGAGGACUUCCCCGUCACGAAAGUCAUCGUUGCCGAGGGCAAGGAGGACAUCACCAUCAAGAUCUCUGACGAAGGAGGUGGCAUUCCGCGAUCUGCAAUCCCGCUGGUCUGGACAUACAUGUACACGACCGUUGAUCAGACACCGAGCCUCGAUCCUGACUUUAACAAGAGCGACUUCAAAGCCCCAAUGGCUGGCUUCGGUUACGGACUGCCCAUAUCGCGACUGUACGCGCGCUACUUUGGCGGCGAUCUGAAACUGAUCAGUAUGGAAGGCUACGGCACAGACGUCUACCUGCACCUCAACCGCCUCAGUUCCUCCUCCGAGCCCCUACAAUAG